UACAAGUGUCUGGCUUAUUCUGAUUGGUCAGGACAUUUCGAUGACGCCAGGGUGAUGGACCCGGACGUAGAAUUCCAAUAGUAAACACAACCGUGUAAACUGUGUUGUUACUCUUUACAAGAUGGUGUACGUGUCCAACGGCCAGGUCCUGGACAGCAGGUCCCAGUCACCAUGGGGACUCUCUUUACUGGUCGAUCUCUUCUGGGGAGCAGUAGAUUUCAUCAGCCUGUUUUUUAGGACAAUCCUUAACCCGGACAUGACAAAGAAUGGAACUACUGGUUCGUCACAACUAAGUGAUGGCAGAGGUCCCCCUGGUCCCCCUGGAGGCAGAAGGAAGAUGGGAAGAAUAAACCAUGGUACAGGUCCCAGUGCUCCACCAAUGGGUGGAGGAGGAUGAGGAAGGUAAAUGCCUACACAUCCAGUGUAGGCGUGGGGCUUGGCCUGUUCGUUUGCUGACAACCUAAAGGAAGAUGGCAACGUUACGGUGCUGACCCCCCUCUUCAUCGGCUGCUACUGCUACAGGCAGUUUCAUGACACCUUUCUGGGAAUUUCUACUUGUAGGGUCCAGAAUGGCUGAAACAGCAGCUAGUCACCUCCCUCCUCUCAUCUUUACCUGCAUCUACCCUUCCCCUGUAGUCUACCAGAAAUGAGUAUCACUGAAAUCUCAGCUAUGGUAAUCCCUCCUGGGAGUCGUUAAGUUAGAUCGUCUGUGUUUUGUAACCCUCUGUUUAAAUAAAAAAAUGUGUAGUUAUAAGCGGCUA